UUCCAACUCCAACUCCAACUCCUACAUAUAACUUCCAACUUUGCUGACUUCAAAUCUCAUCCUGUAGCAAAGCAUUUCUCAAGCCAUGGAACCCAUCAAAAUCACCAUCGACCUGCGCAAUACUACAAAAUGCGGUCGCGCAGGCUUUCUCUCCACCGCAUCUAUGGGCACGGCCUUCUUCCUCCUCUUCGUCUCUCUCUUCUCUAUUGUGAUCCUUACUAUGAUACUAAGGCAACUCAUUAAGUCCUCAUCGCCACCUUCCACCAACACGCAGACAGACACAACGUCCAAUGAAGCCCUACCACCACCAUACUCACCUCUUCCAUCAGCAGGGGGAGUCCCCGCAUCGUCUUCCCCUCUACCCCGCUCCAGUGCAGCCUUGUUCGUUCUCGGCAGCGCUCUUUUCAGCGGCGAGCUCUUUGCCGUCACCACGCUCGCGUUCUGUAUUCAGAACCUCGAGUACUGUCCUUCGUCUCCCCCAGACGACUCUGCUGGUUUCUUCAACAUUCUGUGCUGGUUCGCUUACUCGCUACUUGUCCUCUUUGCGAGCUCGGGCUUUGUUGUCUGGUGUCUUUUGUUGAGAAACCUCUGGGGUGGAGGUAUGAAGGAGGUCCCGCUCGACUUAGUGGCCAUUGUGGUUGCGACGCCGUUCAUACUGCUGGGUCAGAUGGUAGUGGCGGUUAUAAGGGCAAGUCAAGGGCAAUUCUGUAGCCAAGUUCUUGACGAGGAGGGAUCUGGGGUGGAGGCGCAGGGACUUGUGGAAGCAGUGGAACUGGAAGCUGGGAGCCAAAAGUAAAGUGGUAGGUGGUUAAAGCUUAAGAAUUCAAGCCUCAUUGUCUACAAGGC